AUGGAAUGCUAUGUGGUUCAUCCAGCCUUUCUACGAUGGCCAGGGGAACUACGACAGAUCGCCAUAUCCAGAUCUCAGGUAGCUCCUCCGUUUCUUCCAAAUGUCAACCUCCAUGGAUCUCCGCGCGCUUUCACAUACGGAGCCACGGAAGACCCUUAUCGGGGGUUGUACCAGUUCGCCGCUCCGACCAUCGUCUCGUCACUGGUCUUCACAGGUCUGUACAGACACUCGCGUCCUGCCAAACUCCGCGAUUUCCGAACGACGGAAUCGCCAUCUGGAAGUCGGAAUUCGGCUCGCGCUUAG